AUGAGUACACCAUCAAGCACCACGACAUCAUCGUCAGGAACUUUGCGCGCAUCAUCCUCCCUAGUAAUUUCAGAGAUCAGCGAGUGCUCAGCGACGAGUAGGAUCGUGAGACCACCAGUGAACUAUAUGUACAUGCACAUCCAUUACCACAUCGAAUCUACCGUGAUGGCGCUGGGACACAAUCACAGUAAGAUCUUUACCGUGACUGCACACGACCCUGUCACCGACGGCCAACUUCCGAAUCGAAAGUACACUGCCGCAGUCAUUGAACAGAUCGGAAAGAAGAAGACUGACCCAAGCGGCACGGGGGUGAACGUCCUCUACGAACCUUAUUACGGGAAGUCAAGAGAAGAGGCGCUUUGGGUGUUGUUGGAAGAGAUGGAAGAGAAGGUAUGGGAUGUGCUGCACCCAGAGAGGAGGACGUGGGAUACGAAGAUCGGUGAUGGAGACGUGGAUGCAGGGGAGAUGGACACCCAGAGCGUGGAUGAUCCUGAGAUGAGGGAAGGAGAAGGCGAAGACUGGAAUCGAUCUUGA